GUGCCACAUGCAUUUCAACAAAAGUUAUCAGCUGACAAGACUCUGACUCUCUCAUUGGCAAUUCCAAGUUUCCAAUGUAUGAUACAAAUCUGGCAGAAUAUGAAGGAGACCUUCCCUCCAGCAGCAUCAGCCCUUGAUGAUGGACUUGCCAAACUUGAGACCUACUGUGAGCAACUGGAUGUUGUUCCAGCAUAG